AUGACUCUGGAGAGGAUCCUGCAAGCUGCUAGGCAAGGGGAUCUGGAGACUUUGAGGACUCUCUAUGCAGAAGGCAAGUUGCAGCCUGAUCUGAAGGAUCCAAUGGAGGCUUCUAUUGUUCAUCAUGCGGCUCGUGGAGGGAAAGUCGGAUGUUUGCGCUAUUUAGUGGAUGAGGUGCAGUUGGAGGGAAACUCUAGAGCAAGGAAUGGCGCUACUCCUGCGCAUGAUGCAGCAGCUACAGGCAACCUGGCCUGUCUGCAGUGGUUGCUGACCCAGGGUGGAUGUGACUUUGAGGACAGGGACAAUUCUGGUGCCACUAUUCUGCACUUAGCCGCCAGGUUUGGCCACCAAGAAAUAAUUGGAUGGUUGUUACGAUUUGGGACGAAUGACGCAAUGGUAGCAACAGAUACUGGAGCACUCCCUGUACACUAUGCAGCGGCCAAAGGAGAUCUCCCUACAUUGCAGCAUCUCAUAGAGUACUGUCCAGACACAAUAAAUUCUCAGACAAGGAAUGGUGCCACACCCCUCUACUUAGCCUGUCAAGAAGGACAUUUGGAAGUCAUUCAGUAUUUGGUCAAAGACUGUGGGGCCGACCCUCAUAUCAGGGCCUCAGAUGGAAUGACCCCAUUACACGCAGCGGCUCAGAUGGGCCACAGUACAGUCAUUGUUUGGUUGAUGAGUUUUACAGAUAUAAGUCUUUGUGAGCGAGAUGCAGAUGGAGCAACUGCCAUGCACUUUGCUGCCAGUAGAGGACAUGCCAAGGUCUUAAGCUGGCUUCUUCUACAUGGAGGGGACAUGAGCACUGAUAACUUUGGAGGAACCCCUCUACAUGAUGCCGCAGAGAACGGGGAACUUGAGUGCUGUCAGAUUCUCGUUGUAAAUGGUGUUAAACUUGGGAUCAAAGACCACGAUGGGUACACAGCUGCUGACCUGGCGGAAUAUAAUGGACACAUGCAUUGUGCUAAAUAUCUAAGGACGGUAGAAAAUAUGAGCGUGGAACACCGCGUGUUGUCGAGGGAUCCAUCAGCAGACAUGGAGCUGAAGCAACCAGACUCAGGAAUGUCAUCACCAAAUACCACAACGUCUACGCAGCCGGCCCAGUUUGACAUUGGUUCACCCUCAAGUACUCUGUCCAACUACGACUCCUAUAAUUCCAGCCAGUCAAGUAAAUGAGGGAAGAGAUGGCCCCCGGAAACUGCCAUCACGGAUAUGCAGACAUAUAUGGACAUGUUGAAUCCUGAAGUCGAUCCUAGUGGCAGUAAGAAAAUGGAACCAACCGCCAACCCUCCACCGCCUCCUCCAGCCUUCCCGCCACCUCCUCCACCGGCACCUGAGGCUUCGCUCCCACCACCCCCAUGCUAUCCUGCGCCAAACCCUCCUGAAGGUCAACACACAUCAGAGAUCUAUGUACAGGCAAAGAACAACCUCCGACAUGUCGAGAGCGAGGUACUAAAUGAAGAGUUGACGUCACGUGAAGGCAGUCCAGAAGGGCUUCGAAGGGCCGACUCCUGUAGAAAGUCAAGAAACUUCAAUAAAAAGCCCAGCACAGGGGAUUACUAUAAGUACCUAGGGCAGAACACUUCAGAAGCACCACCAGAGCAGAAAAAGAUGGCACAUAGUGAGGAGGGUUCUCUUCUCGCAAAUGAAAGUGUGCACAAUGGUAACUCUUCUGAUAAGAAGCCCUUGGGAAAUAUACCACCACCUCCAAUUCCCCCCCCUCUUCCAGAAAACUUCUGUUACCCGCCGCCUCCUCCGCCCCUGCCAACAGAGGCUUCUGUCUCCAGGUCCAUGCAACGACGGUCUUCCAACUCUACAGGAAGUACCAAGUCAUUCAACAUGAUGGCCCCAACCGGAGACAACUCUGAGCUGCUGGCCGAAAUUAAAGCUGGAAAAAGUCUGAAACCAACUCCACAGAGCAAAGGUUUAACCACCAUCUUCUCAGGCAGCGGACAGCAAGGAUCAAAUUCAGAGGUUCCUUCUCCGUCUACUCCUCCUCCAGCUUCGCCUGCUACAUCACCAGUGAACACAAUGCUUCUCCCCAAAAAGGGAGCAGUGAAGUCUUCUGAGCCUCUGAUGAAUGGAAAUUCUACUCCUCCGGCCAUGGCACAGAGCACCCAGCUGGAUAUUGAGUCUUUGAUCCCUACACAUGAUGAACAGGGAAGACCUAUCCCAGAAUGGAAGCGACAGGUCAUGGUGCGAAAACUUCAGCUGAAAAUACAGGAGGAGGAAGAUAGAAAACGCACGGAGCUGGAAGAAGCUGCAAGAUUAUCUAGCAUGCCAGCAUGGCGGAGGGAGAUCCUGAGGAAGAAGAUGGAGGAGGAGAAAGAUCAGAAAAGAAAAGAGAAAGAGAAACUAAAGAAAGAAGAGGAAGAGCGAGAAAGAGAGCAGUCUGAAAAGCUAAGAACACUGGGUUACGAUGAAACCAAGUUAGCCCCCUGGCAAAGGCAAAUUAUUCUAAAGAAAGGGGACAUAGCAAAACAUUAGAUGUAACAAAUUUUCUGUCCUUCAUCUUUCAAUGUCACGUCAGAGUUCAUAUUGUCCACCAUUUGGCUUAUCAAUAAAACGACGGUGAUGUCACAGCCCAUCGGGGGAGGGGAAAUGUAUUUCAUAUGGACUGAAUAACACAAAAUUUCAGACAGUUUUUUGCUUCUUUUCUCCAACAUGAGGCUAAUCUAAAAUCAAGUAAGACCAGAUAAAGCAAUACAGUCUUUAAGUUGGCAAGGAUUUGUCUCAUCUUUUUUUGUAGCAUUAAAGGGGUUAUCCACAAAUCCCUUUUCUUAGAAGGACCCCCUGAUGAUAAGGUGAUCACAAAUUGUCCCUUUGCUGGGCUGCGAUAUGAGUUAGUUAAGCAACAGUGCCACCACAGGGGAAAUGAAGUAUUACACAUUGACCAUUAAAAUCAAUCGUUUGUUCAUGUAAAACCCCCUCCCCCCCAUAAUUACUUUUUGAAUGUGGACUUUUUCUAUUGGAAACUCAUUUAAAAAGAAUUGUCUCGUAAAAAUAACCCCUGUCUUUAUGUCAUAUUGGAGCAUACGGAUAUCAGAGAGAUCCUCCACUUGGGACCACCACCUCCUCUAUGAGCUACAGUCACAUUAUGUGGACACACCAUCAUUGAAAUGGUCACAUGUAAUGCUGCAUUUGGUGGACAAAACUUGCUUACCCCUGUGAAAUCAGUUACAGAAUCUAAACCUAUGUUGAUCAGAUGAUUGCUGGGUGGGCUCUGUUUAGAAAGGUGUUGUCUUCAUGAGACAGUUCCUUUAAUAGUCACAUUCCUUCUACAAAUGGCUGCCUCCACUGCUUCUUAGAAAUGAAUUAAUAGGUGAAGCUGACAAUAUCCUGUUUGAAUGUAUUACGAUAAUCCCAAAAUUUAGUGUCAAUCCUUAAAUUGUCCUCUCCUGUCCGGAUCCAUUACUGAAAAAGUUGAGUGUCAAUCAGU